AUGCGCAGCCUCGCAGGCCUGGCACUGCUUCCUUUGGCAUUGGCCAUCCCGCACAUUUCUCGCUCAUCCGAAUUCACUUACGACUAUAUUGUUGUCGGAGGCGGCACCGGUGGUCUGGUAGUCGCCAAUCGUCUCUCUGAGCAGGAAACAACAAGUGUUCUUGUAAUUGAAGCUGGCGGCUCGGUGUACAACAACAUUAACGUCACCGACACCGGGGGGUAUGGAAAUGCAUUUGGCACUACCAUUGACUGGGCGUACCAGACCACGGACCAGGAAUAUGCUGCAGGAAAGCCACAAAUAGUCCGCGCAGGGAAGGCCCUCGGUGGGACAUCUACUAUCAACGGCAUGGUGUAUCUCCGAGCCCAAACUGCUCAGAUAGAUGCAUGGGAAGCCAUUGGCAACAAGGGAUGGAAUUGGAAUUCCCUCUUUCCCUACUACCGCAAGGGGGAGGAUUUCCAAGGUAUUCACUAUUCCUGGUUGGAGGGUUCUGGAGUCGCUUAUGACCCGGCUGAUCACGGAUACACUGGCCCUCUGAAGGUUGGUUGGAGUUCAACGCAAUUGAACGACGGCCUCGCGCAGCAACUGAACGCAACCUAUCAAAACAUGGUACCCCCGGUUCCAUACAACAAGGACCCCAAUGGUGGUCAAAUGGUCGGAUAUGCCCUCUACCCGAAAACUGUGGACUCCAUUAAGAACAUACGCGAGGAUGCCGCUCGCGCCUAUUACUAUCCGUAUCAGAACCGCACAAAUCUUCACGUGUGGCUUAACACGAAUGCCAACAGGCUCACAUGGAAAGACGGCGACGCGGCCACUGCAGAUGGCGUCGAAGUCACACUGGCCAAUGGAACUACCAUCGUGGUUAAGGCUUCCCGAGAGGUCAUCGUGGCUGCUGGUGCCUUGAAGUCUCCGGUCUUGCUCGAGCUGUCUGGUAUCGGAAACCCUGAUAUCCUUUCCAAGUACGGUAUCCAGACCAAGGUCAAUCUGUCCACAGUCGGCGAAAACCUCCAGGAUCAAAUGAAUAAUGGUCUUGUCUACGACUCAAUGAUCAGCUACUCUAAGUCUGCCGACUAUGUCGCAUACCCAUCUGUGAAUCAGCUAUUCACCAAUGCGUCGGCCAUUGGUGCUCAGCUUUACGCUAAGCUGCCAGCUUACGCAGCCCAAGUCGCGUCGGCCAAUGGCAACAUAACCAAGGCAAGUAAUAUUGAGCGCUUCUUUAAGAUUCAGUGGCAUCUUAUUUUUAAGUCUCAUAUCCCGGUCGCGGAGAUUCUGCUUGAGCCAUCUGGAAACACCUAUGAUACGGAGUACUGGGGCUCUGUACCCUUCUCCCGUGGUAAUGUCCAUAUUCAGUCUGCCGACCCAACUGCUGCUGCCAGCAUUGACCCAAAAUACUUCAUGCUCGAUUUCGAUCUCCAUGCCCAGAUCGAGGCUGCACGUUUUAUUCGAAAACUCUUCAAGACUGAGCCUUUUGCCGGAAUGGCUGGCGAUGAAACUAGUCCCGGUCUUUCUGCCGUUGCGGCCAACGCUGGUGAUGAAGGUUGGGCCUCUUUCAUCAAAAACAAUUACCGAUCAAACUUCCACCCAAUCAGCACAGUUGCUAUGAUGCCGAAGGAAGUUGGUGGUGUUGUUGACACCUCUUUGAAGGUCUACGGAACCUCGAAUGUUCGUGUCGUCGACGCCUCUGUUAUGCCCUUCCAAGUCUGCGGCCACCUGCAAAGCACGGUGUAUGCAGUUGCUGAGCGUGCUGCAGACAUCAUCAAAGUCGAGUGA